GAACAAAACGUAUUAAGAUAAGGUUAUCGAUAGUUCACUGAAGGUUAACAGUAACAACAUUGCUAACGUAAGCUACAGUGGCUUAGCUAGUUUGGUUAACUAUGCAGUUUAAACUAACUCUGAGCCGAACGUGACACGUUUCACUUAAACUAGCUAGUUUACUGCUUCAGACCGGGUCACUAUGAGUCAAAUGAAUAACUCGGCUGAUACAGAGCAAGAUCCGGUUUCAACCAUAGCCACACAGGAGAUGAGCUGGCUGGAUUUGAAUGUUGACGCGAAUGAAAGAGAUGUCCCUGACCCAGAAGAGGAAGAGAAGAGGCUGGCGGCAGCUGCCCGGGAAGCCAACCAUCUAACUGAGUUGAGGCUAGUGCUGUUGGGCUGGAGGUGGCCUGGGAAGAGCCUGACAGGCAAUACCAUACUGGGCCACGAGGAGUUCCGCCUGGAGCGGGCGGCUGAAUUCUGCGUCAAGCGUCAGACUGAGGUGGAGGGGCGCCAGGUGACGGUAAUAGACACGCCGGGCUGGUUCUCGACACAGUCCACGCCACCAGUCUACCAGCAGGAGAUGGUGCGGGGCGCCUCCAUGUGCGGGCCCUUGGGCCCCCACGCUUUCUUGCUGGUCAUCCCUGUGGGCAUGUUUACCGAGGUGGACCGGGCCCGCAUCGAGGAGCACUUGGCUCUGUUCGGGGAGCGUGUGUGGAGGCAUACCAUCGUGGUGUUCACCUGGGCAGAUGUGCUGAGGAACAUGUCCAUCGAGAGGCACAUCAAGCGAGAGGGGAAGGAUCUGCAGUGGGUGCUGGAAAAGUGCAAGAUGCGGUACUUUGUCAUCAGCAACUACAUAUUUGGGGAGCACCCCCAGCUGCGGCAGCUUAUGGAGAAGAUAGAGAAGGUGGUGGCGGAAGAGGGCAUCUAUAACCCAGAGGAUGUGGAGGAGAAGAAACCUCUGGGCCAGAAUCAGAACCAAACCCAGAACCGGGAGCUUGGAGCAAGGCCCAAAGUGAAUUCUGCCGUAGGAUUGGCCAAAAUGGACAUGGACCCGCCCCACAGAGACUGUUACGCGAAUGCAGUAAGCCAAGAUUCAGUGGAUGGACUGACUGACUGAAGGAGAGCUGUUGCAAUUCUACACUCCAAUGAGAAUUCACGAACGGGCAUUCUAUCAGAAGACAGCGCUCUGACUGAUGUGUAUCUACUUUUCUUCUGUACAUUUUAUCGGUGUAGCCUGCUUUUCUCUGGUAAAAUGUACGAUUAACUUCAAGUAAAACCUAAGUAAAUGAUGUGGCUGCCGGCCAAAUAGCGUUUCACUUCUGUAGUCAUCUGAUGAUAAUGAAGCUAUUUUCUGCUGAAUGUGUUGCACUAAUAUAUUUUAUGUGAAGGAAAACUAUAGUUGCAUGUCCCUGAUCACUCUAUUGAAGCAACAAAAGAAAGCUUUUAAUAUAAAAUGGUUAGAAACCUUGAUUUUGUGAUGGUCUGCGUUUUGAAAAUGUAGAUUUCUGAACACUAGCGAGAUCCCUGAUGAUGCUGUUCUUGCUUUUUGAGACUGUUAGGUCUACCUCGUACCUAUGACAGUUCUGAUGCAAUGUAUAUAUUUGGGGAUUUUAUUGUAUCUGAUUUGCACAUGAAGUAAGAAGCAAAUCACAUUACAGUACCAGUCAAAAGUUUGGACACCAACUCAUUCUAGGAUUUUCCUUUAUUUUUACUGUUUUCUACAUUGGUUUUGACGUCUUCACUAUUAUUCUACAAACUAUGAAA